AUGGCCCCUCCGAUUGCUUUAGAUCACGCUUUUCAUGGCCAGAUGGAACUUUCAGAUGCCUCGGAGCCUCCAUCAAAGAAGCGCCGCUUCUUUAGCGACUCUGACGACGAAGCAGCUGCACAGAGUCGCAGGCCAAGUCCGUCAUCCGUCGAGGUACCAUAUAGAAAAGAUGCACUUAACGCCCCACCGACACUUCCAAAUCAGUCUUCCACACCAGGAGAGCCAUUAGGUACAAGGACGACCCAGGCGAUUCCCCGGCCAGAAGGCCCUCCCGAGGACACUUCUGCAUUCGAUCAAGCCACUUUCGAAGCCGUCGUCGGUGUCGAGGUGAAGCCUGAUAUCCUAGCCAUCAUCCGCCAACAAUGCGGCAGUAAUCUCGAGCAGGCCGUCAACAUGUAUUUUGACGGCACAUGGAAAAAUUACAAGUCGAAGCCGAAACAAACACCUACUACAAUAGCAUCAUCUAUACGGUCGAAUGGCAGGGACGGGGCCAAGAUCGAUCCAGUCUCUAGUCGGCCUGCCAUCCGCCCGGGGGCCCCUGGGUCACGAUAUGUUGGGGCCUUUGGAGUGGAGGGCUGGGCCACACGGAGCGGUACAAAUUUGCUCAAGCAUGGCGAUAUAGUGAAGAUUGAGAGACAAAAAAUACAACCGCCCAAACCCCCAACCAGAGGCAAAAGUGCUACGAAUAAGCUUGGAGCUGCCGUGGGAGGACUUCGUGUUAGCGCAGCCGCGGCCAAGAGAGUCGAUGUUAUAGUUCGAUUCACAGAUCGUCAGGGAACUGAAAUAGGUCGCCUUGCCAAAGAUACUGCUAAUUGGGUGUCUACUUUGAUAGACCAAAAGGUCUGCAAGUUCGAAGGCACCUGCGUAUAUGCGCCGGAAAGGUUAAGGACGAAUGACACGGUAUUCAUACAGCUGCGAUGCUCCCUGCUCAGCGAGGCUUUUGAUACCAGACGAUUUCAGCUGUCAGACAAUCGCAACAUUGGCAUGUUUGAGGAACAGGAAACUGCCGAAGAGCGCAACCUUCGACUUCGACAAGUCGCACUCGUUCGCCUCUUUCAAGAAAUCAACCUAAUGCCAACACGUGUGAAUGAGGCAGCUGCCAAAAAAUCACGUCAGGGGCUUUUGAAGGCGGCCGAGAUGGACGACCAGAAGGAAGCGCAAGCACCAAAUAUAAGUGCCGACAAUUCAGACUCGCCGCAGUCAGAAGCCGAAGACGGGAAAGAGCUGGAGCAGGAUCAGCUAGAUGCUUUAUACAAGAAGGCCCAGUCUUUCGACUUUGAUACCCCGGAAGCCGAGCCAGCUGAAACUUUUGCGAUGGAUCUUCGGCCAUAUCAGAAGCAGUCUCUAUAUUGGAUGCUUGCCAAGGAGAAAGACGAGGCCGGCGAGGACCGCGAAUCUUCUAUUCACCCACUCUGGGAAGAAUAUCAGUGGCCUACUAAAGACUUUGACGAUAAAGACGUCCCCCAGGUCGCAGACCAACCGAAGUUUUAUGUCAACCCUUAUUCUGGUGAAAUGUCACUUGAAUUCCCGGCUCAGGAGCAGCAUUGUCUUGGUGGCAUACUUGCGGAUGAAAUGGGUCUCGGAAAGACAAUCCAGAUGCUGAGUUUAAUACAUACCCACAAACCCCAUGCGGCUGCCACAACAGGCGCAACAGCCCUCACGGUUAAUGACUUGCAGCGCACGCCUGGUGGCGGCAACAAGGUGCAGCCAGCUCCGUACACAACUCUUGUAGUAGCACCCAUGUCAUUGCUAUCGCAAUGGCAAAGCGAGGCUGAGAAUGCUUCUAAAGAGGGCACCUUGAAGUCUAUAGUAUACUAUGGCAACGACAAGCAUGCCAACCUCCAGGCUCUAUGUUCCAAUCCAAACACUGCUCCGGAUGUUAUCAUCACGAGCUAUGGCAUUGUGCUAUCCGAGUUCGGACAGAUUGCCGGGGGCAAGUCUGGAAAGCGGGAGGGGCAUACUGGACUGUUUUCUGUCAACUUCCUACGCGUCAUUCUGGACGAAGCACACAAUAUCAAAAACCGGCAGGCCAAGACAUCCAAAGCCUGCUACGAGCUCAGUGCAGAUCACCGAUGGGUGCUGACGGGAACUCCUAUUGUGAAUAGGCUGGAGGAUCUUUUCAGUCUUGUCCGCUUCCUACGCGUCGAGCCCUGGAACAACUUCUCCUUUUGGCGGACGUUCAUUACGGUUCCGUUCGAGUCAAAGGAUUUCAUGCGUGCUUUGGAUGUCGUGCAGACCGUCCUAGAGCCGUUGGUUAUGAGGAGGACCAAGGAUAUGAAAACUCCAUCUGGACAACCACUUGUGGCGCUACCACCAAAGACCAUCGAGAUUGUAGAUGUCGAAUUCUCCAAGACGGAGCGUGCAGUCUAUGACCACAUCAUCAACAGAGCCCGAUCUGCUUUCCAGAAGAACGUUGAGGCUGGCACAGUCAUGAAAGCUUACACAAGCAUAUUUGCGCAGAUUUUACGCCUGCGUCAGUCCUGCUGUCAUCCCGUCCUCGUGAGAAAUCAGGAUAUCGUCGCAGACGAGGAUGAAGCAGGCGCGGCGGCUGAUGCCGUGGCCGGUCUCGCCGACGACAUGGACCUCCAUUCAUUGAUCGAGCGCUUCACUGCCAGUACUGACGACCCGGCGGAUGCCAACGCGUUUGGAGCGCACGUCCUCUCGCAGAUUCGCGACGAAGCUACGAAUGAAUGCCCCAUAUGCACUGAAGAACCCAUGAUUGAACAGACUGUCACGGGCUGCUGGCAUUCGACGUGCAAAAAGUGCAUUCUCGACUACAUCAAGCACCAAACAGACCGUCACGAGGUUCCCCGCUGUGUCAGCUGUCGACAGCCCAUCAACGAGCGGGACCUAUUCGAAGUUGUCCGGCACGAUAACGACGUAUCCGACGACGACGACGACGACGACGAGGGCAAGCCGGGUAACGUCUUCAAGCAGAAGCAGCCAGACCAGCCGCGGCGGAUCAGCCUGCAGCGCGUUGGCGUCAACGACUCGUCCACAAAGGUGGUGGCGCUGAUCCAACACCUGCGCGACCUCCGCCGCGAACGACCGCGCGCAAAGGUGGUCGUCUUCAGCCAGUUCACCUCGUUCCUGACCCUGAUCGAGGGCUCGCUGGACCGCGCAAACAUGCAUCACGUCAGGCUUGACGGCACCAUGGCGCAAAAGGCCCGCGUCGCGGUCCUGGAGGAGUUCAAGGCCUGCAACAAGUUCACCGUCUUCCUCAUCAGCCUCCGCGCCGGCGGCGUCGGGCUGAACCUGACGCAGGCGUCGCGCGUCUAUAUGUGCGACCCGUGGUGGAGCUUCAGCGUCGAGUCGCAGGCCAUCGACCGUGUCCACCGCAUGGGCCAGUCGGAGGAGGUCAAGGUCUAUCGGUUCAUUGUCAAGAACAGCGUCGAGGAGAGGAUGCUGAAGAUUCAGGACAGGAAGAAGUUUAUUGCUACGUCUUUAGGAAUGAUGUCUGAUGACGAAAAGAGACUGGCGAGGAUUGAGGAUAUCAAAGAGCUACUGAGUUGA